AAAUACCUUGAGGUUCCCCUUAUCUCUACCAGAUUAAGGGUUGCAGAUUGUGUAGUUUUGAAGGAGAAAAUUCGGAGAAGAAUUCAUGGGUGGUCUAAUAACGAUUUGUCUUAUGGGGGCAGGGCUCAAUUGAUUCAAUCUGUGUUGUUUAGUGUUCAAGUGUAUUGGAGCUCUAUCUUUAUCAUUCCUAGCAAAGUUAUUAAGGAGAUUGAGCAAACCUUAAUGGCUUUCUUAUGGUCUGGCACUGAACUUAAGUCCUCUUCUGCCAAAAUCAAAUGGGAUUUUGUGUGCAGUUCAAACGAAGAAGGUGGCCUGGGGUUUAGAAGGAUAAAGGAGUGGAAUAAGGCUACCAUGCUAAGGCAUUUGUGGGCUCUAUGCAAAAAAGCUGAUCUUCUUUGGGUAAAAUGGGUUCACACCUACAUUAUAAAAGGUCAGUGCUUAUGGUCUAUGGAUAUCCCUAUUGAUGCUUCUUGGACUAUUAGGAAAGUGCUUGGCCUUAGAAGAGUUGGACAGCCUUUAAUUCAAUACAAGGUUGGCAAUGGUCAAGGUACCUUCUUGUGGCUUGACAAUUGACACCCUCUUGGCCCUUUAUUCAACAGAUUUGGAGAGAGUGUUGUCUUUUGUCUUUAACCUUGGCAGAUCAUUACAUUCAAAGGUUUCUUCUAUUGUUCAUAAUGGGGACUGGAAAUGGCCAAGGCAAAGGAAUAGGGUCACUCAAACUAUCAUGUCUCAGACUCCUCCUAAUUUCAAGCCAGUUUGUGGAAAGGAGGAUUCGGUUGUUUGGCUCCCUCACCCGACUGGGUAUUCUGUCCACUCGGCUUGGGAAGCUAUUCGGACUAAACUUCCUAUACAACAAUGGACUAAGAUUGUUUGGUUUAGCAGGAACAUUCCUCGUUGGGCUUUUAUUUUAUGGUUGGCAAUCCAGCAUAAACCGAGUACAAAAGAUAGACUGUUUAGCUGGGGCAUGAAUGUGCCUGUGGACUGUGUUUUCUGUGCUACUGGAUUGGAAUCUCAUCACCAUCUUUUUUUCCAUUGCCCUGUGUCUUGUUCUGUGUGGCAUACUGUUUGGUGUAAGUCUUCUAAUAGUCAAGUGCCCCAUUUGUUAGCUGAUGUGAUUGCUUGGUAUGUUCAGAAUGUACAAAGUAAUAGCUUCCAAAGUGUGAUUUUGAAGGCUGCUUUGGCUUCUACAGUAUACAGUUUGUGGUUGGAACGGAAUAAAAGAGUUUUUCAACACCAAGCCCUCCCUCAAGACCGGUUGCUUCUCCACAUUAUCAAUUCUAUAAGGGAUUCUCUUAGCUCUAAGAGGGGUGUGAAGCCUACUCAGGCAAACAAAGUUUUAUGUGAUAGUUGGCAGCUUUUCGGAAAAAUUUUUGGUCUAGCUAGAUGAAUAGUUUUGUUUUGUUUUGUUUUGUCUCUUGCUGUAUAGAUAUAGUACAGUGAUUUAGUAAAAAGUGUGGUUCUUUGUAAAAGGCAGUGUAUAGCAGGGGUAUGCCCCUAAGAGGUUGUAAUGUGUUUCGUGCUUUUAUGAAAGGAGUGCUUAUCUACAAAAAAAAAAAAAAAAAGAAUAGCAAGUUAAAUGCCUAUAUGAGCUUUAACAUCUCAUUGAGGCAUUUUCACGAGCAGGUGGGGGACAAAUCAAACUGGGAUAAAAUCUAAGAACGCGUCGAUCAAUGUUUGAAUCUAAACAAGUUUGAGUGUGGAAGAUCUAAACAAGUUUAAGUGUGGAAGCUGAAGUUGGGGAGGAGCAGAGAGAGACCUUGGCGGUGGGUGGGUUUGGCGUCGG